UCCCCUGACACCUCUCUGCAUCUUCUCCUGGUGGUGACAGUCAGGAGGUUGGGACCUCAGUCAGGGACUGUCACAUACCCAGAAGUGAUCCUCCAGGAGCAGAUCAUGUAUGGUGAACUGGCAUCUGCUCUGAGGUGACCCCCGUCCCGACAUCUCCAGCAAUCUGGGAGAUCUCCUCUGCCAUCUUCAUCAAUCACAUCGACCAGCGAUGUUAAACAGAGAGGGAAGGCAGUGACCGAUUAUCUGGGGAGAAUUCAGAUUGAACGUCCUGAGAUCGCAUCGCCCAGAGAUCUGAGAAUCCUCAUCUGACCCGACUACAGAGCAGAGCCGCAGACAUUGUAUCGGGUCCCAUUUAUCUGGGGAUCUGACUGGAUCCAGUGCCAUCUUCAGGGUCUCUCCUCGGAACGUGGAGGAUGGUGGUUUUCCUUCUCUUCCAGGGCACUUGAACUCCUGAGGAGAAAGUUUGGCUCCAGGAAAGUGAAGAUCCCGAGUCCUGAGCCCCCCCGGUCCUCUGCAGCCCUCUGACCUCUGCUUCCUCUGUCAUGGGAUUUCAGUCUCCACACUGCUGACUGCAGCCAGAGACCCCCGACCAGUGCUCCUCUGCCCCCAGUACUUUAAGCCCAUGGGUGAGGACUACACCCCUCAGCAGCCAGGCCCCCACUGACUGCUCCCCACAUGCUCAUCUUGGAGACAUGGCCUCAGGUGGGGUGUCCAUUCCCUGAGCCUUAUGGGAUAGGUGUCAUCUGAGCCCUCUAGUGUUUUGGAUGCAGCCAGAGCCUCUUGGAUAUGGGACCAUCUCUGGUGGUGUGGACCAGACUGGCUUCCAUGGUCUGCUGUUCACUCCUUACUUGCGUCUAUGCUCUGGUGGAUACCGAUGAUGUCAUCACCAAAGAGGAACAGGUUUACCUGCUUUUUCUAGCAAAAGGAAAGUGUGAACAGCACCUGAAAUCUAAAUUGCAAGAUGGCUUUUGUCAGUCCGAAUGGGAUGGAAUUGUUUGCUGGCCCGAAGGGAAACCAGGAAGCAUGGUGUCUGUUAUUUGUCCUGAGUACAUCUUUGAUUUCAACCAUAAAGGUCACGCGUAUCGACGGUGUGACAUGAAUGGCAGCUGGGAACUGGUGCUGGGAAAUAACCGCACGUGGGCCAAUUACACCGAGUGUGCAAAGUUCCUGUCCAACGAGACCAGGGAAACGGAAGUGUUUGACCGUCUCAACCUGAUCUAUACUGUCGGGUAUUCAAUCUCUCUGGGAUCCUUGACUGUUGCUGUCCUCAUUUUAGGAUACUUCAGGCGCCUGCACUGCACUAGGAAUUACAUCCACAUGCACCUCUUUGUGUCCUUCAUGCUGCGAGCCGUCAGUAUCUUCGUGAAAGACGCAGUUCUGUAUUCCGGAAUUCCUUUUGAAGAAAUGGAACGUUUCUCAGAAACGGACUUGAAGUCGAUGACGGAGGCUCCUCCAGCUGACAAGUCCCAGUUUGUCGGGUGUAAAGUAACUGUCACUUUUUUCCUCUACUUUUUGGCCACCAACUACUACUGGAUCCUCGUUGAGGGACUUUAUCUCCAUUGUCUCAUAUUUAUGGCUUUUUUCUCUGAUAAAAAAUAUCUUUGGGGGUUCACACUAUUUGGAUGGGGUGUCCCCGCUGUAUUUGUUACUAUAUGGGCACAAGAAAGAGCCACACUGGCCGACACAGGGUGCUGGGACCUGAGUGCAGGGAACUUGAAAUGGAUAAUUCAGGGCCCGAUCCUGGCUGCUACCGUGGCAAAUUUUUUUCUUUUUAUUAAUAUUGUUCGAGUACUAGCAACCAAACUGAGAGAGACGAACGCCGGGCGCUGCGAUGCGCGGCAGCAGUACAGGAAGCUGCUGAAGUCCACGCUGGUCUUAAUGCCGCUCUUCGGUGUUCACUAUAUAGUGUUCAUAACUCUGCCAUAUACCGAGGUGUCCGGGGUGGUGUGGCAUAUACAAAUGCACUAUGAAAUGCUCUUCAACUCCUUCCAGGGAUUCUUUGUUGCCAUCAUCUACUGCUUCUGUAACGGCGAGGUACAAGCAGAAAUUAAGAAAUCAUGGAGUAGGUGGACGCUGGCGCUGGACUUUAAAAGAAAAGCCAGAAGUGGAAGUACCACCUACAGCUACGGACCUAUGGUCUCCCACACAAGUAUCACUAAUGUCACCACGAGGGGCACAUUGGCCUUACAUCUGAACACGAGACUUGUGUCAGCUGCCCUGAAUGGUCACAGAAACUUACCGGGCUAUGUCAAAAAUGGCUCCAUUUCUGAAAACUCCAUACCGUCUUCAGGACCGGAGCAGUAUAACAAAGACGAGGAAUAUCUCACUGGGUCGGGGGUUUACGAUGCUGACAGACCGGCAGCAGAAGUCGUAGAGGAAGAGAGAGAGACUGUAAUGUGAAUAUAUUUUUGCAGAAAUCCAAAGAAGAAAAAAAGAAAGUGUAAAAGAACCUCGUGGAAAAAAAACCCUCGUGACACAGAUGAUCCUUCUCUUUCCAAUCUUCUGAUUCCAUCAAUAUUUUUGGCGAUCACUAUGAAACGACACAGUCACUACCCAGACCUUCUAUCUCCCCAAACCCCCGGAGCACAAAACACAACUCACAACUAUCUCUUACCUAAUAACUGAAAUUCUUUUGUUAAUUUGAUAAUAUGUAAAAUUUCUUUUAUAUAUGUAUUUUUUUAAGACACUUAUUUAUCAGUCCUCUAUGUUAGAGACGUGGAUAUGAAAUAUUGUGAUUGCAUUUUCUAAACAACUCAAAAAGUCUAAUGUAAUUGCGCAUGUACGAACGAUAAUUAUUAUAUGGUAUCUUUGUGUUUUUUGCUGUUGUCAAGUAAGUCACGAACUACAGUCCUUAGAUUCAUGCUCACGUCCAGUUACAAAAAAAAACACCAAAAUAGUCACUUCACAUGAUAGAUAUGGCCAGAGGAGUCAACGGUUCCAACAUCUGGAAUCUUCAUAAAAUAAAAAAAUAAGAAACACUAGAAAAUGUUUUCCGCAAAAAAGGUUUUAUUCAAAAUAAAACUGGAGACUAGUUCCAGUGUAACCGGCCUGAGCUCCGUAUGUCCCUCCUCUGCCUAAUCUGUGCCAUUAGCAGAUUACAGUCGUAGAUGAAAAAUUCCCUGAUUCUUGAGGGAAACACAAAUCCGCAGCAAAUGUUGAUUUUACGCCUCAGGAAAAAUAGAAAAAUUAAACUGUACAAAAAAAAAAAAAAAAACAGCAAAAUUCUGCUGAUAUAUUUUCAUUAAUAUAUGAACAAUGGAAAUAAUGAA